CAGCAGCAGACAUGAAGACCAGGGACUAUGUGGCAAACUCACUACCGGUAGUAGAACUUUAUGUAUCAAAAUCCACUUUGCAAAGUCAACGUUCCAGCCUUGCACAAUGUAUCACUGUACCAACCAUGUGCACCGCCCCACCCCCUGCCCCCAACCUGGAGGAGGAGAAUUCACUUCACUACUUCUUUGUUUAGACUUUUUCCCUGUACCUUUAACACCCAUGGACAGUAAAUUAGAUUAAGAUUGGGCACAAAUAGGACAGGCAGCCCCUAUUUUGUACUUACUGUUGUAAUAGUUUUUUUUUUUGGAGCAUCAUUACUGUAGAUCAGAGAUCUGAUUCCCAGUUGGAGGGGUUAGAGAUGGACGAGGCUGUAUGAAGGAUUCUAUCUAAAUAAUUUUUUGGGGGGUGUGGGAUCUGUUUAGGGGAGAUGGACGAGGAACGACCCCGGUCUCAGACUGUGAACACCACAGCAAGCACAUACAGUGAGAAUUUCUCGAGCAGUGCCAGCUUCGCCUAUGACAAGCUCUUUCUCAGGACUGCCCCUGGAUUGCUCCUGCUGGCUGAAAUUGUGAGUAUAUUAUUUUUAUUUAUCUUAAUCUUACAGCUGCACCUGUAGCAGUACAGCUGCUAUAAAACAUGUUUGGGUUUUUUCAAUAGAUGGUCUUUUGAUGUAUCUGAAAAAAAAGAGGCUGUAACACUAUUAAUCCUGUUCCAUCAAUGGGUUGAUGUGAUAAAUUGAUUUCUAUGGAAGCUGCAAACAGGCUGAAACAGCAAAGAAUCUACAGGACUGCAACCCCCAUUACUUUGCAGCUGUAGUUGGAGUGCAAGUCCUAUCACUUUUAGCCGGUGACCAUAGGAUACUUGGCUACCGGGUUGUUGUUUUUUUUUUUUCUGCAUAUCUAGUCCAAUAGAAGGAUUUUCUCUCGGUCCUUUAAGUUAUUACUACAUGUCUACAUAGUUUUAAUUUAAUUAUGAAAAUAUGAUUAUUAGAUUAAGGAAAUCACUGCAGAUGAAGAAGGAAGGACCCACAGUGGUCACUGAUUUAGGUUACAGUGAAUAUAUGAUAUCUGGGACACCUGGCUAGAUUAGAGGUACUAAUCAAAAAUAAAGUAAAACAAGGUGAGGUCUUGAUUCUCAUAUAGUGAGUGUCCAUGCAAUUAUUAUUAUUUUUAUUUUUUAAUUCUUGUAAAACUUUCUAUUUACUAAAUUUGAGGUAAUGUGGCGCAGGACUAUAAGAUGCACUCUGCAAGUAUCCUAAGGUCAGCAUUUUCCAACAUGUUCAGUUAGAUUGUGAAAUAAAACUCAGAAGUACCUCAGAGUACACAUAAAAUAUGUUGGGAAACCAAAAAUCAAGGUACAUUCCACUUUUAAUAUUUUCUGUAUUGGUUAUCAAAUGUAUAGCAAAAACACCAGCGAAAACAAACAUUAAAAUGGGCACAAGCUCAUUACAGUCCUGAGGAAUCUGUUGGCGUUUUUAUAAAUAAUAAUAAUUAAUGGUAUGGUGAAAAGCUACAAAAAUACAAAAUAGUUUAUGGUUGGUUCAUAUGUUACCUAUGCACUUGAAGUGCAGGGGUCUGAGUUUUCAAGCAACAGUUCACUGCAAAGAAGGGAGACUAAAAAUGAUUGGAAUGAAAACUUUGGUAAUUCUGUUUCUCUAGAUAUUCCCCAUGACAUUCAGCUGCUGAAGUGUUUAUGGUGUUUGAAAAUAACUUGUUAAAGAAAUACUCCAAAGUUUUAUUCAUUGGUAUAAUUUCAACCCUGAGUACAGUGGGAUAGUGAAAGCAGGUGAUUUUAAAUAACUUGUACUUUGCAAACAUCAUAUUGAAACUUGUCAUCUAAACCAUUUCAGUAAUCCCUGACACUCAUUCCUUUCACCUGUUGGCAUAAUCUGCUCCUUUAACCUGUUUUCAAAGUUAUACAGUCUUAUUCAUGGUCUUUAUCUUUAGUUGCUACCCAUAUGGGCCUCUUCUCCAGUAUUUAUAACACAAAGUUUUAGCUCAAAUUGUCAAACACUGCACAUACAUGCACCAUAACCACUUAAUAUUAGUAUAGUGGUCAUGGUGCCUGCAGUAACUCUUUUUAAACUGUAAAGUGUGUGUAUGUGUAUAUGUAUGUGUGUGUGUGUAUAUAUUAAAAAACCCACAGAAUUGCAAAUUUUAGACCAAAUAUCUGCUUUUGAAACAUUUUCAGUGUGUAUUUUGGGCACCCUUGCUUUAAAGGAACAUUAUGAUACAAACAUGUAUUCCUAACACUAUAGUUGUAGAGUGGCUGUUUAGGUUAACGUUUCCCUCUCUAUGAAUUUAAAAAAGGUAUUUAAACGUUCCUUUUCUCCCUUGCCGUGGCUGGCCCAACUUAAUGGCUGAGAUCAUUGGGGGGCUAUUGUGCAUGUAAGAGGAAAACACAGCACUGCGCCGAUUUAGCAUAUGCUCAUAGAGAUGGACUGAAUUUAUGCAUCUCUCUGGGGAGCGUUCAGGGUUUCUUUGCAGAGCGUGGAGACUGUGAACGUAGGUGCUACACAAUAUGCAGCACUGGACUAGAAAGCACCAGCACUUCUGGUGGCCGUCUGAGUGACUGCCACUAAAGGUGUUACACGGCAGCAAUGUAAACACUGCCUUUGCAGGAACAGGCUUUAGAUGUCAUAACCACUACAUGGUGACUUUAGUAUUCCAUUAAGUUCCGCAAGUUGCAAGGUGGGGCCUCCGUGGAUCGGAUUUGCUGUUCCAGUAAAUCCCAUAGAUUCUCAGUCGGAUUUAGAUCUGGAGAAUUUGUAGGCCAAGGCAACACCUUAAACUCUUUGUCAAGUUCCACAAACCAUUUCAUAGUAAUUUUUUGCAGUGUGGCAGGGUGCAUUAUUCUGCUGAAAGAGGCCACUGCCAUCACGGACCAGCAGUGCCAUGAAGGAUUGUAGGUACGUGCUACGUGUAAAAGUAACAUCCACAUGUAUGUCAGGAUUCAAGGUUUCCCAGCUGAACAUUGCCCAGAGCAUAACACUGUCCCCUCCUUCCUUCUUCCCAUGGUGCAGACCUGCACAAAAUUUGGCAGUAGGUAGGGGACAAAAUUCAAAUAGGCUAAAAUUCAGGCUGCAGAUGCACAUACACCGACAGACACACAGAUACAGACAUAUAUACACUUUCAUAGCCACCCUACAGUUUCCUACCUUUUUGGGUGCUGUAGAGUGGCUUCCAUGAUAUCCAGUCUGCAGACUGAGGAUGUUGGGAGUUAGAGGUUGGCUCUUGCAGCCUGCACCCCCUCCUCUCCUGUCUCUCACGGCCUGGUCCCAUGUUAGCUGCCUUCCCCCGUGUUGCUCCAGUUUUUGGGAGGAAGCGACAACCUGUCACUUACUCCUAUGCUGUCCAUAAGCAAGGGGCCUGAUUGCGCUGUUUAACCACUUAAGGACGGCGGGCAUCAUAGUACGUCCUAUUCACUUACCUGCUUGCCGGCGAUCGCGAUGGGGGAACUUACCUGGCAUCCCAGGGAGUCCCCCUGUGUCUGAUCCGGCCCUCCUGGGCCAUGUGAUCGCGAGGUCCUUGUGAGGACCUCGCGAUCACAUGGACGGAAUAGCCGUCCAUAGCAGUGCCAGCAAGGGGAGUUCCUGGAAUGUCAGUAUGGAUGUCAUCAACAAGAUCAUGAAUACGGCGCAAAACUGUGUUGUUGGAAAGUGGCUCAGUUUCAUUGUUUUACUCAACUUCUCACUUAAAAUACAUGGCACAAUUUAGUUUGCAUAUGGCUUUAUUAGUGAUUCCCCAAUUAUGUGUGUGUGUGUGUGUGUGUGUGUGUGUGCUUCUCCUGCAAGUGCUAUGAGGUAACUCAUUGUAAGAAGCCUCUGUGGCUUUUUCAUUAGCAUUUUGACUUUUUUUUUUUUUUUUAAAUCAUAAAAUGUUACUCUUCUGAUACUCCUUUUUAGCUUUUGCUUUAAAAAGUCAGUGUCUUUAUCUUUGUACUCUGCGUGGUUUUGCUCAAAAUGACUAUGUAAUUUAACAGAUGCUAAUGAACUGUUUGGCAAUAUUUUAUUGCAAAGUACGCAUUGUGCUUCAGAACAAUCUUCAUUUCUGGCACUUGUGAAUCCAAAUAACAAGUAGCUAUCAUCAUAUUUUCUUUUUCUUUUCUUUGUUUGAGAAGUUUGGUUAGCAUUGUGUGCUAUUUAUUUUUUGACUUGUCACUUGAAUCUACUGUUCCUCAAAUAGCAGGGACAACUAUUUCGGGCAUGUUUUCUGGAUUUUUAGUUGUAUCUUCUUUCUCUGUUUCUAUAAGUGCCAAAGAGGUAGAAGUAGUAGUAAUUUUCUCUGAAGAGUUCCCUGCUUUAACCAGCUUUCCAAGUUCAUGGUGGUUUAUUGGCUAAAAAAACCCCUAAAACAACAGUUUGAAAAAUACAGAUCUCACAACCUGACUGAAAAGGAUUCUGAUUUUGAUAACGCUCUUAAAAAGAACUCGACUUAAAGGACCACUAUAGGCACCCAGACCACUUCAGCUUAACCCCUUAAGGACACAUGACAUGUCUGACAUGUCAUGAUUCCCUUUUAUUCCAGAAGUUUGGUCCUUAAGGGGUUAAUGAAGUGGUCUGGGUGCCUGGUCCUUCUAGGGUUAACCCUUUAUUUUUUAUUUUUUUUAUAUAAACAUAGCAGUUUCAGAGAAACUGCUAUGUUUAUGUUAGGGUUAAUCCAGCCUCUAGUGGCUGUCUCUUGACAGCCGCUAGAGGUGCUUGCGUGCUUCCCACUGUGAAAAUCACAGUGAGAAGACGCCAGCGUCCAUAGGAAAGCAUUAUGAAUGCUUUCCUAUGGACUGGCUGAAUGCGUGUGCAGCUCCUGCCACGCAUGCGCAUUCAGCCGAAGAGGAGGAGAGCUCCCCGCCCGGCGCUGGAGAAAGAGGUAAGUUUAACCCCUUCCUCUCUCCAGAGCCCGGCAGGAGGGGGACCCUGAGGGUGGGGGUAUCCUCAGGGCACUAUAGUGCCAGGAAAACUAGUGUUUUCCUGGCACUAUGAUGGUCUUUUUAAAGCAGGAUUUUUGAGUUCGACUUGGAGCAAAAAGAUUUAAACACUUUGAAAAAUACAGUUAACAGUUUUUUGCCCCUGACAGUCUUUUUCUAUUUCCCUACCCAUCAGCUCCACUCUUUAUCACUCUUCUACCACGAGUGAUAGAAUAUGGCUGACGGCUGGGCAGGCUCUCUCAUGGACAAGCUAAGUCUAAGUGGCUGGCUGAUGGGCAGGGCGGGCUCUGAUGGACAGGCAGGCUCUGAUGGGCAGGCGUGCUGACUGCAGCGAUGGCUUAAGAUUACACUCCUGCGAUCUCUCAUGAGGUCGCUGUUGCCGGAUCUUUGCUGUUUCUGAUCUUCCAGGAACAGCAGGUAGCGGCAGCCAUCUUGGAUGUGGCAAAAUGCCGCAGAACCCCAAUUUUGUUCUCCUGGAACCUAGGGUUUUGUGGAACACUAAUUGGGAAACGCUGGUCUAUGUAAUCGAGACAGAAUAUAGAAAGCACUAAGACUCGUAAGAUUUUUGGAUCCUUAAAGGACAACUGUCACUUCAAAACUAUUUUUAGUAUAACUAUCCUUUCAACAAGUUUUGCAGGUAAGUGUAUAACUUUAAAUACAUGUACAAAAAUGAGGAAAAAUCUCAUCCCAAUCUUUAGUAUCCUUCAGCCAUAUCAAUGUACCUUGUUCAGACAGUGUUUGAAAAAUCUAUCUUUCUAGUUUAUGUGCAGGGAGUGAAGUAGGGAAGACCAGAGACUGUUUUCAAACAAGGUCUGACCAAAGGUGCAUAUAAAUGGCCGAAGAAUGCUGUCCUAUACUAAAUGUUGUUUUUUUUGUUUUGUUUUUUAAAUUAUCUAAUAUAUUGAAAAAUAUUAACAUUAAAAAAAAUCUAAAUUUGAAAUGACCGAAAAAGGGUUUGAAUAAUAUAUUAUUUAAAACUUUUUUUUUUUAAAUGUAAAUAUUUCAGUAUAUUAGAUAAUUUGAUAGUUUUAAAAGUUUAGCCAAAAUAUUAAAUCAAGACCAUCAUUUGCAUAUGAUGUUGUACCCUGGUGAGGUAUAAUUUUAAGCCUAAGGUGACAAAAGGCCAUUGCGCACAUACUAAAAAGAACUGAUGUCUGGAUGCAAGCCAUGUUAGUCUCCUGAUAAGUAUCUCCAUAGAAGGGGAAUGUCCUUUUUGUUUAUAAUGUGACAAGCUGGCUGCUUGUUGGAAAAAACAUUUUAACUGUAUGGCCAGUCCAUACUUGAGCAGCUUCCGCAAUUGGGUAGACUUCAAACAAGGCAAAUGUUUUGUGAAAGUCAACCACUUCUUUUGUUUCUGGAUGCCUGAAAUCCCUAAGCCAAUAGUAAACAGCCACAAAUCUAGUUGAGGCUGCUGCGUUGGUCCAAACUACUGGAGAGUUGUCUGACAGUGGUGGAAGAAACCUGAACCUCCCUUCCAAUUUGCAUCUUUGCCACUUGUUGAGAUCUGCCGUUGUGUAGGCAGCUAGAGAUAGUUUACUAUCAUUGUCGAAAAAACUGCAUGUUUCAGCGGGGACGAGACACAUACUGCCCUACCCACGGUAAACAGAACCAGGACCUACCUGGGGACACAUUUCAUGAGGCCCAUCCACGCAAAAUCUCUGCUCCGGCUCCUGCGGCAUAUGCACAUGGCAGGGGCGCGGGGGGGGGGCGCUCCCCUGCGUUCACGAGCCACAACCCGACUAAGCAUGUACCCCUGUUUCCCCCCUCCCCCCAAGGACCGAUGGGGGUUGUCACAGGAGGGCCCCGUCGAGUGUUGGGGCACCAAGCUCAGCAGAGUCGAUCCAGCCACAAAAUGGUGGCGAACGACUAAGAGCCAUUCACCAUGAAAAGACAAGAUGACAUGCUGGAGAGGCUGGAUGCCUUACUUGUGACUUUCUGGCGCAAGCUGGGCGAACGACAGGCUGUAACAAACCCUCCAGUCGAACUCUCACCGAUGACACUACCCCCACGUGCACGGAUCAGAGGCACGAGGAACCAAAAACGGCACGCCGAAAACAGCGAGACUCCAUAACGACACCCAAACCCGCACGACUCCUACACCGGACCACUGCCAAAUUCCCAAGCAGGCUGAAGCCAGCCGCACUCAAGCCUCCACCAGCGCCAGGCACAACAACCAUGAAGAGCCCUCUCCCAUACCCAUGCCGGGCGGCAAGAGACACGGAGCUCCGACAAGCGGCUGGAGGAGACAUGGGCAGAUGCCCCUUACUGAAUAUUCUAUACUUGACCAGGAGUGUGACAUACCCGCGGCAGGAGUUGGCUGACCGGGACACUUAUCACUGCAGAUGAGAUGAGCGUUUAUACCUCAUGCUGCCCAUGUCAGUGACUGGGGAUGGCUUAUUGUUUCUAUAUGUUUUGGGGUUUUUUCAGCUAAUUUCACAAGACUCACGCAUGUCAUACACUAUUGCUAACAUGUACCCAGCCUGUUUACCACUAGACGCAAGCUUGUCAUACACUACUGCUAGCACGUCUCCAGCCUGUCUACCACAAGACACAAUCUUGUAAUGCACUAAUGCUAACAUAUACACAGCCUGUUUAACACAAGACACUAGCCUGUACUACAUUACGGUUUCUCAUUUAUACUAGAACACUUAAUUGAAACUCAUCAGUUAUACAGAGUCUAACCUGCCUACUUCUAUGUACGCUGUUGUGGCGUUUGUUUAUGUACCCACCUGCACAAUAAAAGUGAAGAAUGAAUAAUAAAUAAAAAAUUCCACCUGGAGUUGCAGGCAAAAGUGAACAUGCCAUCACUGGACCACCAGGGCUUGCAGCAUUAUGUCUACCAUCCCUGGUGGCAAUUCUGCCAGGCUGUUACUAAUGGUCCCUUCGCUGUUAGUUCCUUCAUUCUCAGGUUGUUCCUUUUCUUCCUCUGAAUACUUCAGCUUUCCUGGCUAUGGCUGGGAAUGGGAUAUUCUUCUCUUUGGUUCUUCUGUGAUCCUCGUUAUAGUCAUAUGGAACUUGCACUUGCAGAAUCCUGGGUUUUAGAGAUGGAGAAUGCAUCGCUUUCUUCCGAUUUCUGAGAAAUCUAGUACUAUGGAGAAUUUAACCAAGCGUGCGAAAAGAGAAUGCUUCCCCACCACCCUAAAACCCUAAACUAGAUGACCACCUAGGUCCAAGAGGUAAAGCACUACCUAGGCGGGUGACAGGUGAGGCAAUGCUAGGUGCCAAGUCUCUAUCUAUGGUUGGGUCGAGUGACUUGAGGAUAAGGAGCCAUAAUACCAGGGACUGUGUGACUCAGGACCUCCUUUGACCGUAUGAGCUGCGUGGAGAGUCUGACUUUCUGCUGCUUGCCCUCUCCUUGGAGUUAAACAAUAGUAGUGUGGUUGAGCGGAAAUGGUGCGAAAAAGGGGUUUCUGCUGCAUAUCUGCUCCAAAUAGCCAAGGUAGACUGACUGGGGGCCAGACCUCCUAUGUACAAUCUCCAGUGUCUUGGAAGCAGUCCGUGCUUUGCACCAGUACCUGCCAAAACCCUGGAACUUGAAGUCCUACCCUAGCAACCCCACAAUUCAUUGUGAGCCAGCAUUGGACGGUGUCUGUAGAUAUGAUAGUGGUCCUGUAAAUAUCCAGACAAAUUCUCCUGCAACUCCAGGCUACUGCCUUAAUAAAUACAUUCAAAUAAAUGUUAUAGGUGUUUAAACGAUCCAUAGAGUGAACUGCUUGUGCUUGCCAUUUUUGGAAUCUUUUAGACAAACACUCUUUUUCUACUUGUGUAGCGAGCUCUCAGAGCAUGAAUAAAGGAGCAUGGUUCUGUACAAAAAUCUUACCCACAAAAAAAAAAUACUGAUUUGGGUUUAAAAAACAAACAAACACAUUCCUUGGAGUGCCAUCACUCUAUUAGAAAGUAUCCUGCUAUUUCAAGACUUAUUAUUAUUAUUAUUAUUAUUAUUAUUAUUAUUAUUGCCAUUUAUAUAGCGCCAACAGAAUCCGUAGCGCUUUACAAUAUUAUGAGAGGGGAUUUAACUAUAAAUAGGACAAUUACAAAUAAACUUACAGGAACAAUAGGUUGAAGAGGACCCUGCUCAAUCGAGCUUACAUUCUAUAGGAGGUGGGGUGUAAAACACAGUAGGACAAGAAUUUGCAAUCAAAUAAGGUGGGCUGCCCUUUAGGAGAGGACAAGAGACAGGUAUGUGAGGUAGGGGUUAGUCUUGGAGGCCAUAAGUUUUCCUAAAGAGAUGGGUUUUAAGGCACUUCUUAAAAGAUGCAAGACUAGGGGAGAGUCUGAUGGCGGGAGGCCGGCUAUUCCAUAGGAAGGGAGCCGCCCGCGAGAAGUCCUGCAAGUGCGAGUUGGCCGUACGGGUGCGGACAACGGACAGGAGGUGGUCACGGGCAGAGCGGAGAGACCGAGAAGGGACAUACCUAUGAAUCUGUGAGGAGAUAUGAGGGGCUAGAGUUGUUCAGUGCUUUAUAGGUGUGAGUUAGUGCGUUGAAUUGACUCCUAUAGCACACAGGAAGCCAAUGUAAGGACUGGCAGAGGGGUGAGGUGUGAGAGAACCGACUAGAGAGGAAAAUCAGUCUAGCAGCAGCGUUCAUUACAGACUGUAGGGGUGCAGUACGGCUUUUGGGAAGACCAAGCAGGAGAGGGUUACAAUAAUCCAUGCGGGAAAUUACUAGAGCAUGGACAAGCUCCUUGGUAGUAUCUGGUGCAAGAAAGGGGCGGAUGCGGGCUAUGUUUUUAAGAUGGAAUCUACAGGAUUUGGCAACAUGCUGGAUGUGAGGCUCAAAGGUGAGACCAGAGUCAAGUAUGACGCCAAGACAGCGCGCUUGCAAGGAUGGGCUGAUGUUGGUACCACAAACUUGAAGGGAGAGCGAAAGAGGAGGAUCAGUAUUAGGAGGAGGAAAGACAAGGAGCUCAGUUUUUGAGAGAUUGAGUUUCAGAAAGCGGGAGGACAUCCAUUCAGAGAUGGAAGAAAGGCAAGCAGUGACACGUUGCAGGACAGCAGGGGAGAGGUCUGGGGAGGAGAGAUAUAGCUGGGUGUCAUCAGCGUACAGGUGGUAGUGGAAUCCAAAUGAGGUAAUAAGUUUGCCAAGAGAGGCAGUAUAAAGAGAAAAUAGAAGGGGACCAACGACUGAGCCGUGGGGGACUCCAAUCAAGACAGGGCGAGGGGAGGAGGUAUCAUUAGAAAAAAAGACUAGUAUUUGAUCAAUACAAAGGCCAUUGUAUGUAUGUAUGUAUUAAUUAAAAAAUUAUUCUUGCUGGUUUUGGUUGCCUUGUACGGUUGUGAUUAAUUGUAUUUAAAUAGACAUACAUACAUGUAUUUUUAUAGAAUGUACCAAGGGAAAAAGAUAAUGGCUCCAGUUAAUCCAAAGUGAUUUAGAAUACAGUGUCACAGUAAUCCAGCAUUGUAUAUUUCCACAAGGCUGUUACAUUCUUGAAGAAUUCCUCAAGCGACAUUGAUUUGACUGUAAUGUGUCAUUGAUUAGAGAUUAUACAUUGAAUUGAAAAUAAUACAGAAAAUAACUUGCAAUUGCAGUCCGGAACCUAUGAUGAUAAUGAUGCUGUCAUUAUGACUGCACAGGAUAAAUUGUGGAUUUUCUAGUAAUUGGAUAUUUGAUCUUGUUUAGAAUGUGUUGUGUGUCUUUAUUUUUUAUUUUAUUUUUCUUGCUCUUAAAUACAUGGUGUCCCAGUGGGGUUGUUCUGGCUAGCAGUUACAUUUUAAUGUAUAUUGAGAAUUGUUGCUUGCUUAUCACCUUCUGUUUGCAUGUAUUACAAGAGAUGACGUCCCUAGGAAUGUUACAAAAAUGCCUUACCAAGCAGUAUCUGUGUUUGUUGUUCAUUACUUAUACUGGAUUUGGGGGGGGGGGAGAGAAGGAAGUAUUUGAUCCCCUGCUGAUUUUGAAUGUUUGCCCACUGAGAGAAAUGAUCAGUCUAUAAUUUUAAUGGUAGGUGUAUUUUAACAGUGAGAGACAGACUAAUAAAUCCAGAAAAACGCACGUCAAAAUUUUAUAAAUUGAUUUGCAUGUCAUGAGUGAAAUAAGCAUUUGACCCCUUCGACUUGUUGGCAAUCACAGAGGUCAAAACAAAAGCAAGUUACCUGCGCGCUCUCUCUCCUUAAUCCCUAUGUAUAUUCAAACAAAUGGAGAUAAUUUAGUUACUCCAAUGGCCAUUGGAAGGAAUGCCCGCCUGCCAACGUCAAGGCAGGCCCCCCCCUCCCCUCCCAGGCGGGUCCUACACUGACCUUUCACUUUGCUUCCUUAAAGGACCUCUAUAGGCACCCAGACCACUUCAGCUUAAUGAAGUAGUCUGGGUGCCAGGUCCCUCUAGGAUUAACGCUUUUUUUAAUAAACAGCAGUUUCAGAGAAACUGCUAUGUUCAUAAAUGGGUUAAUCCAGCCUCUAAAGCCUCUAGCGGCUGUCUCAUUGACAGCCGCUUGAUGCGUUUGCGUGCUUCUCACUAUGAAAAUCACAGUGAGAAGAUGCCAGCGUCCAUAGGAAAGCAUUAUGAAUGCUUUCCUAUGAGACUGGCUGAAUGCGCGCGCAGCUCCUGCGUAUUCAGCCGAAGAGGAGGAUCGGAGGAGGAGGAGAGCUCCCCGCCCGGCGCUGGAGAAAGAGGUAAGUUUAACCCCUUUCCUCUCCCCAGAGCCCGGCGGGAGGGGGUCCCUGAGGGUGGGGGCACCGUCGUGGCACUAUAGUGCCAGGAAAACGAGUAUGUUUGUUUGUUUUCCUGGCACUAUAGUGGUCCUUUAAGCUUCUGGCAAAGAUCUCUAAUGAGACAGAGAGGAGUAUUUUUAUUUUUUAUUUUAUUUUUUUAUGUAUAUACACACCACAAUAUAAUUAUUAACCCUUAAUAGGGAACACAUGGGAUGGGCAGCAGCAUUGUAACAAAGCUGUGUGAUACAAAAAGUUAAAACCAAAAGAAAAGUCCUGCACUCACUCCAUCACUCCUGGGCGCCAGCAACGUACACCUCAGCUGCAAUACAUACAGUAAAAACAAAAAAAGUUACCUGCUCUGUAUAUUCAAACAAUUGGAGGUAAUUUAGUUACUCCAAUGGCCAUUGGAAGGAAUGCCCACCUGCCUUUUUGUAUCGCACAGCUUUUACAAUCUUGUCCCUGAUAUCCCUGGAUCGCUGUUUGGUCUCGGCCAUGGUGGAGAGUUUGGAAUCAGAUUGCUUCUGUGGACAGGUGUCUUUUAUACAGGUAACGAGCUGAGAUUAGGAGCACUCCCUUUAAGAGACACCUGGGAGCCAGAAAUCUUGCCGACUGAUGGGGGAUCAAAUCCUUAUUUCACUCAUUGACCUGCAAAUCAAUUUAACUUUUUUGACAAGCGUUUUUUCUGGAGAUAGAUAUAGAUCUAUAUUCAAGUAGAGAUUGUAGCCGUAUUAGUCCAGUGAUGUAGAUGUAAAAAAAAAAACUGAUAAGAUUUGUAUCUUGUAAUACCUUUUUUAAUGACCAGCUUUCGGGAGAACCUCCCUUUCUCAAGUCUGAAGCAUUUCUGAGCAAGACGACACAUAGAAUUCAAAGUUGAGUUGUGAUACGAAUUUUAUCUUUUUUUUUUUUUUCAUAUAAUUUUUAUUUCCUUUUUUUUUUAUUUUUGUGUAUAUAUAAUUUUUGUGUUGUUCUGUCUCUCACUGUUAAAAUACACCUACCAUUAAAAUUAUAGACUGAUCAUUUCUUUGUCAGUGGACCAACGUUCAAAAUCAGCAGGGGAUCAAAUAUUUUUUCCCUCACUGUACCUAGGGUUAAUUUUUAUUUAUAUAUAUAUAUAUAUAUAUAUAUAUAUAUAUAUAUAUAUAUAUAUAUAUAUAUAUAUUAUAAUUUUUAUUUUUUUUAUUUUUUUUUUGAUCUAAAAAUUAACAAACAAAAAUAAAUGGGUAUAGAGAAAUGUAAAAUUUCAUGUCAGAUUUAUGAACACUUAAAUUAAUACAUAUACAAAGUGCUUCACCUUGCUGUGUGAAUCAGAUUUUCUUCUGCUUCCGUUGGCUCCACCGAGCAACUAGAAGGGCAGGUUCAGUGCAUUACAGCAUGCUUCCUUUCUCUCUCCCCCUUUGCAAUGAGCUAUAUGACAGCUCAUUGAGAAGCAUUGGAAAGCUUCUGAGUGAGACGCCUUUGGUGUAUUGCCUGGCAUAGACUAACAUCUGUGCAUAGGAAAGGUAUGGGGGCUUGCAAAGGCUGCAGACAGGAGCUCUGCAAUUUUUGCAAGUCCCCUCCACCCCCCCCAUAUUUGAAUUUUUAUUGGGUUGUCACAGUGCAGAACAUAAGAACAAUGGCAGAUACCAGAGCAGGAAGACCCCACCAUAGAAUUACAGUGGUGUACAUUCUUGUUCAUCAUCACAAGAUCACAAAUAUGUACAUGUAUUAUUCGAGACUUACACAUUUGCCUCAUUAAAGGACCACUAUAGUGCCAGGAAAACAUACUCGUUUUCCUGGCACUAUAGUGCCCUGAGGGUGCCCCCACCCUCAGGGACCCCCUCCCGCCUGGCUCUGGAAGGGGGAAAGGGGUAAAAACUUACCUUUUUUCCAGCGCUGGGCGGAGAGCUCUCCUCCUCCGAUCCUCCUCUUCUCCUCCCCGUCGGCUGAAUGCGCACGCGCGGCAAGAGCUGCGCGCGCAUUCAGCCGGUCACAUAGGACAGCAUUCAUAAUGCUUUCCUAUGGACGCUGGCGUGCUCUCACUGUGACAAUCACAGUGAGAAGCACGCAAGCGCCUCUAGCGGCUGUCAAUGAGACAGCCGUUAGAGGAAAUAGGGGAAGGCUUAACCCAUUCAUAAACAUAGCAGUUUCUCUGAAACUGCUAUGUUUAUGAAAAAAUGGGUUAACCCUAGCUGGACCUGGCACCCAGACCACUUCAUUAAGCUGAAGUGGUCUGGGUGCCUAGAGUGUUCCUUUUAAUAGUCAGAAUUGCUGCAGUGAUGUAAAAAAUGCAUGCAUUUAUUUUUUGGUUGGUUGGGGGUGGGGGGGAAAGGGGGAGUUGGGGGAUAUCUAUUAAAUUUUAUGAAAUAAAAAACGUCAGUGGAAUGUUAAUGUCUGGCCAUGACCUGUUUACAAUAAAACAGAAUUACAAUUCUACCAUUCCUAUGUUUUACAAUGCAACCUGUAUCAUUCUCAAAUCAUUAAAAAAUGGGCCUGCUGCCUUAUGUGAAGCACUCAUGUUUCAGCAAUCACAUUCCUGCCGAAGAGGAGAAACUUCAAUGACCAUUGAAAGCUUAGCACUAUCAUCACCUCAAAGGACUUGACAUAACUAACACUCCAAAAUAUUUCUAAGUGUUAAGUGCAUUAACAAAACAAACACCUCUCCUGACUUAAUGUUGACAAACCAUUCCAUGAAGGACAAAUAAGUACUGUAACAAAAAUAACCUAAAUACCAAUGUGAUUAAUAACUGAAAUGUGCAUUUAGAGGCAUCUUAAUGAUACACAAACAUUGCAAUUUCCAUACGGAACAUAAUUGGAGAAUGGAUGUAACUUUCAACCUGUGAUGUAAUUGAAAUCCUUUUGAAGGCAAAAAAUGUAUGUGGUUGUUAACCUUGAUCUAUGAUCUAUUAACAUUGAUCUCUCUAUAUAUCACUAGCCCAUUGUGAGAUUAAAUGGACAUCAUAGGCACCCAAGCGACUUCAUCUCAAUGAAAUGACCGAGGUGCCAUAUUCAUGUAGUUUUAACCCUGCAACUGAAAACAUUGACAUUCUGCAGAACAGCAUUGUUUACUGGCUUUAACAGCCACUAGAGGCACUUCCUUUUAAUAGCCGAGUGAUUGGUGCAGGGAUAAAAAUUAAGUAGACUAACGUUUGUGAUGCUUACUGAAUGGGGAGGGCAGACAUCAAGCAGAACUCUGUAAUGCCCAGUGCAGGGUCGGCUUAUUGGCUGAGAUUGUUAGCUGAUCACUCUCAGCCAAUGAGCUAAGAACUGUGCUGCCAGGAUUAGCUCAGACAGAGAGUUUCUGUCUCUCUGACUGAAGUAGUGGAGGUGUGGAGUGACGCCUGUUGCACCCCAUGUAAGAAGUCAAACUGUGGCACCAUAAUCCCUACCGCACGCUUGGAGUGUUCCUUUAGACAUGUGCCUGAAAGCUUUGGUACCUGCUUUAGACUAAAAUUUAAGAAAAUUUAUAAACUUUAUUUUUUAUUUUAUUUUUUUUAAAAUAAAUUUUACCCAAAUGGGUAAAAAGAGAUCUAUUCUUUUGUGUGUAAUUUAAAGGACCACUAUGGGCACCCAGACCACUUCAGCUUAAUGAAGUGGUCUGGGUGCCUGGUCCAGCUAGGUUUAACCCUUUUUUCGGUAAACAUAGCAGCAGUUUCAGAGAAACUGCUAUGUUUGCAAUAGGGUUAAUCCAGCCUGUAGUGGCUGUCUCAUUGAGAGCCGCUAGAGGCGCGUCCGCGGUUCUCACUGUGAUUUUUCACAGUGAGAAGACACCAACGUCCAUAGGAAAGCAAUUAGAAUGCUUUCCUAUGGACUGGCUGAAUGCACGCGCAAAUCUUGCUGCGCAUGCAGCCGGUGACGGAAGAAGGAGGAUUAACCCCUUCCUCUCCCCUCAGCGCCACGGGCGUGGGACCCUGAGGGUGGGGGCGCCCUCAGGGCACUAUAGUGCCUGGAAAACAAGUGUUUUUUCCUGGCAAUAUAGUGGUCCUUUAAGAAAGACAAGUAGUUCUGUAAAUUGACAUUUUAAUUUUAGCAAGGAUAUAACAACACAUUGGCUUACUUUUGGUUUACCUGGUUUUUUUUUUUUUGUUUUUUUUUUUGUGUGCAAGUUUUGUGUUCUUUGUGUGCCAUCUAGAGUAUACAUUGGGAAAUGCAGUUUGUUAAUUUGACCUAGCAUUUAUACUGGAUUAGUAGUAUUGGCCUGUAGUAAACAUUUUAGUCUUCAUUAUUUGAAACAAGAUCCCAUCAGUGACGGAUGCUUUCAGCUUUCUUAAUGGGACAGUUAGCAAUAAGUCACAAUGUUGGCAAAGUGCAUAGGAUGCUACUAUAUUACACUUCUAACACUCGUUCAGCAAUAAUGCAAACCUGUAAACAAUGUGGUGUGUGUUUUGUUUUUUUUUGUUUGUUUUUUUUUUCGUUUCUCUUUUAGAAGUCAUUUUAAAAUGAUGCAUUCAGCAGAUUAAUUUAUUUUUGCAAAUUUUGUUUUGCAGCAACUAAUAGUCAUGAAGAGUUCAGAUGCUUUUCAUGUGAUGGCUAAUGCACACAAUCAAUCAUAGGAUUACAAAAUGGCAGUGCGAAUUUUGGCCAUUGUAGUUUAGAGAAAAUGUUCAUAUAAAGUUUCAAAUAGUAUAAUGUAGUGCUUUUGCAUAGGUGACCCUUUUUCUCUGGUAAUGUAAAAAAAAUGUUUUUGUUUCUCCUGGUGAAACCUUGGAGUAAAGUGGAAAUGACACUUCUCUGGAAUAUACACCAUUUAGCCCCUUAAGGACUGAGCCAAAUGUAACAAAACAUUGUGAACAAAACGUAAACAAAAACUUGAAUUUGCGCUAUGUCUGUUCAGGCGUAAUUCGCCUCUCUCAUAUUAUGUGCACCCACACUUAUUAUAAAUCGUUUUACUCUGGGGGAAACAGGGCUUUCAUUUAACAUCAAAUAUUUAGGUAUAAAACAUAAUUUAAUCUGAAUAAAAUUAAAAAGUGGGAGAAGAUUUUUAGUUCUACGUGACAUUCUAACUGUGAAUGUCAUAAUAGUUUGCUUUUACUGCAAUAAAAUACACAUAUUUGGAUUCAGUGAUGUCUCACGUGUAAAACAGUGCCCCCGAAGUACAGGUUUUAUGGUGUUUUGGGAAGUUAGAGGGUCAAAUAUAGCAUGUUACAAAUUUCAGUUUUUUCACAUUGAAAUUCGCCAGAUUGGUUAUGUUGCCUUUGAGACCGUAUAGUAGCCCAGGAAUGAGAAAUACCCCAUGAUGGCAUACGAUUUGCAAAAGUAGACAACUCAAGGUAUUGCAAAUGGGGUAUGUCCAGUCGUAACCAAUCUGGCGAAUUUCAACGUGAAAAAAACUGAAACGCAAUCUUUAUAUUUGACUCUGUAACUUUUGAAAACUCCAUAAAACCUGUACAUGAGGGAUACUGUAAUACUCGGGAGACUUCGCUGAAUACAAAUAUUAGUGUUUCAAAACAGUAAAACUUAUUUCAACAAUCAGUGAAAGUACAAUUUGUGUGUGAAAAAUGCAAAAAAAGUCACUUUCAUUGACGAUAUCAUCGUUGUAAUACAUUUUACUGUUUUGAAACACUAAUAUUUGUGUUCAGCGAAGUCUCUCGAGUAAAACAGUACACCCCAUGUACAGGUUUUAUGGUGUCUUGGAAAGUUGCAGGGUUAAAUAUAGUGCUAGCAAAUUAAAUUCCCUGGACUUACUGCCUGGGUUGUCAGGCAGGUCCCGCAAAUUGUAAUGAAUAAAAUGACCUAAUUAUGUAAAAUUAUUACAUAAAUAUAUGUAGAAUUAUAAUAAUUAAAAAAAAUAUAUAUUUUUUUUUUUAACCCCUUGAGGACCGAUGACGGUCCUGAACCGUCAUAACGGUCUUUGGGUACUUAUCUGAUCGCCGUCGUUCCCCCAGCGGCGAUCAGCGUUUCUUCCGCGCUGGGGGGGACUGCCUGUCUGCCCAGACAGUCUCCCCGCAGCAAAUUAGGACCUGUGCUGUGUAUCUGCUUGCAGGGGGACUGUCUGUGCUGACAGGCAGUCUCCCUGCAAGUGGAAAAUCAGAAAUAAAGUUAAAAAAAGUGUUUAAAAAAAAAAAAAUAAUAAUUCUGUCUCGCUCUCGUGUGUGUGUGUGUGUAUAUAUACUUUUAAAUUUCAUGUGUGUAUAUGUAAUAAACGUUUAACUCGCAAGUUGGAAUAAACUUGGAAUUAAUAAUAACAUUAAUAACUUAAAAACCGAGUGUAAAGUCAGAGUCCACACUCCUUGCUUUUGGCAAUUCAAUAAUAUUUAUUAAUAAAGGCUUAAUCAAACAAAUAAACAAUACAUAUACAUUUGAAAUAGGCUAGUAUAUGUUGCUACUAAAACUAAUCAUUGACUGAAUGGAAAGUAGGCUAAAUUAACAUAGUAAAACAGGCAUAGACACGUGAUACAGUUACCACUCCAUCGAUCAGCAGCUGAGAGUAAGAGAGAGAGGGUGUGUAUAGUGGGGAGAGGGGAGAGAGGAGAGAAGGUGAAGAGAGGUAAUUCAAAGAGAGAGAGAAUGUGCUAUUCACAGGGCUUUAAACAGGUUAGUCCCUCCUUCUGCUGGACACACCUCCCUUAGUCAAUCCCUUAGGAUGUAACAGAACCAGAGUGCCUCCUGGGGGAAGGGGUAUUGCAUUGGAAGGGAAUGGAGGAGGAGUUUAUCAACAACCCAACUGAUUUUGCCUGGUGAAAGGCCAUGUGCUUCACAUAGGACUCCAUUAUUGCCUAAGGGUAGAAUGGCGGCUUGAAUCCCUGUAUUAGAACACAAUAACACUUCAUUGGCAUACAGUUUGGCUGGUAAUCACAUCCCCCCACUUAUUACAGUAUAUAAUAAAUAUAUAUAUCAAAAUACACUUAGAAUGAAAUGAGAUAUGUCUCUGUCCAUGUCCAUAUACAUUAUAUAAAUAAUUUCAUAAAUAUAUACGUAGACUUCAAAUAUAUAAAUAUGUAUAUACAUUUAAAUUCUACGUGCAUAUUUUAUGUAAUAUUUUUACAUAAUUAAGUAAUUUUCUUGAUUGCAAUGUGGGGGACCUGCCUGACAACCCAGACAGAAAGUCCAGAGAAUUUAAUUUGCUAGCACUGUGUUUAACCCUGUAACUUUCUAUGACGCCCUAAAACCUGUACAUGGGGGGUACUGUUAUACUCGGGAGACUUCGCUGAACACAAAUAUUAGUCUUUCAAAACCGUAAAAUAAAUCACAGCGAUGAGAAAAUUACUUUUUUUGCAUUUAUCACACACAAAUGGCACUUUCACUGAUAUUAUUGCUGUGAUACGUUUUACUGUUCUGAAACACUAAUAUUUGUGUUCAGCAAAUUCUGUGUUUAGCAAAAUGUGGGGUAACAGUACCCCACAUGUAGAGGUUUUAUAGUGGUCUUUGAAAGUUAUAAGGUUUGAUUUUACUCCCAUGAUGGCAUACCAUUUGCAAAAGAAGACAACCCAAGGUAUUGCAAAUGGGGUAUGUUCAGCCUUUUUUAGUAGCCACUUAGUCACAAACACUGGCCAAAGAUAGCGUUUUUUGCAUUUUUAACACAAAAACAAAUCUAAAUGCUAACUUUGGCCAGUGUUUGUGACUAAGUGGCUACUAAAAAGACUGGACAUACCCCAUAUUGAAUACCCUGGGUUGUCUACCUUAAAAAAAAUAAAAAAAAAAAUGUACAUGUGAGGUGUGAUUCGGAGAUUUAUGACAGAUAAGUGUUACAAUGUCACUAUUGAUAAAUUAAUUUAUUAUUUAUAUAUAUAUAUAUAUAUAUAUAUAUAUAUAUAUAUAUAUAUAUAUAUAUAUAUAUAUAUAUAUAUAUAUAUAUAUAUAUAUUUAUUUAUUUUCUCAAUUUCUUACUUGUACUUAUAGCCCUAUAACUUGCAAAAAAGCAUGUAAACAGCUUAGUUUUUAAACUAAGGACAUUUUUGAAUCUAUUCAGCAGUUUUUUUCCAUUAGCUUUUUGUAGAUAAGUAAAAGAUUUUUCAAGUAAAAGUCCAAAAACAUUAAUUUAUUUUUAUUUUUUUUUAUUUUUUUUUUCAUCAUAUUUUUAUUUAUUUUUUUUAAAGUAAAAUAUGACAUGAUACAAAUAAUGGUUUAUAAAGAAAGCCCUUCUUGUCCUGAAAAAACCCAUAACUUGUAUGGGAACAGUAAAUGAGAGAGUGGAAAAUUACACACAAACACCACAAAAGUGUUAAAACUGCUCUGGUCCUUAAAGGACCACUAUAGUGCCAGGAAAACAUACUCGUUUUCCUGGCACUAUAGUGCCCUGAGGGUGCCCCCACCCUCAGGGACCCCCUCCCGCCCGGCUCUGGAAGGGGAAAAGGGGUAAAAACUUACCUUUUUCCAGCGCUGGGCGGAGAGCUCUCCUCCUCCGGUCAGUAUAGGGUGCCGCGCCCGACUGAAUGCGCUUGCAGCGGCAAGAGCUGCAGCGGCGCAUUCAGCGGUCUCAUAAAGACUUAUUUACAAUGCUUUCCCUGCGUUAUGGCGUGCUCUCACUGUGAUUUUCACAGUGAGAAGCACGCAAGCGCCUCUAGUGGCUGUCAAUGAGACAGCCACUAGAGGAUUAGGGGGAAGGCUUAACCCAUUCAUAAUUAUAGCAGUUUCUCUGAAACUAUGUUUAUGAAAAAAUGGGUUAACCCUAGCUGGACCUGGCACCCAGACCACUUCAUUAAGCUGAAGUGAUCUGGGUGCCUAGAGUGGUCCUUUAACGUACAACAUGGCCAAAAUAGGCCUGUUCUUAAAGGAACACUAUAGUCACCUAAAUUACUUUAGCUAAAUAAAGCAGUUUUAGUGUAUAGAUCAUUCCCCUGCAAUUUCACUGCUCAAUUCACUGUCAUUUAGGAGUUAAAUCACUUUGUUUCUGUUUAUGCAGCCCUAGCCACACCUCCCUUGGCUAUGAUUGACAGAGCCUGCAUGAAAAAAAAAAAACUGGUUUCACUUUCAAACAGAUGUAAUUUACCUUAAAUAAUUGUAUCUCUGUAAAUUGAACUUUAAUCACAUACAGGAGCUCUUGCAGGGUCUAGCAAGCUAUUAACAUAGCAGGGGAUAAGAAAAUCUUAAUGAAACAGAACUUGCAAAAAAGAGAGCCUAAAUAGGGCUCUCUUUACAGGAAGUGUUUAUAGAAGGCUGUGCAAGUCACAUGCAGGGAGGUGUGACUAGGGUUCAUAAAUAAAGGGAUUUAACUCCUAAAUGGCAGAGGAUUGAGCAGUGAGGCUGCAGGGGCAUGUUCUAUACACCAAAACUGCUUCAUUAAGCUAAAGUUGUUCAGGUGACUAUAGUGUCCCUUUAGUAUUAAAAGUCAGGGGAAAUGACCGUUCCUCCUUUAAAAGCUUUUCUAUGGGGGUGGGGCCAGACCAGCAUGGUGGCAGGGCACAUCUCGGAAGAGCUCCUCCAUCAGCACGCUAAAUGCGGCACUUUACAGCCCACUACUGCUCGAUUUGAGCUAAUCAACUCAAUACCCCAGCUACCUGACUUGCCUACAAAGCGGGAAGGAGGCUAGCGACUUGAGGUAACGGUCCUGCUACCUCCAUGGAAAAAGCUGCCUGGUGGGCGCCGGACUGGGGAAGCAGCCGGCAACCUGGCUGCCGACAAGAAUGAACCUGUGUAUCUGGCAAAGGUCUCUAAUGAGUCAGAGAGGGGUUAUUUUUUUUUUUAUAUACACCCCUAUAUACUUAUAACCCCUUAAUUGGGAAACACAUGGGAUGGGCAGCAGCAAUGUAACAUAGCUGUGUGAUACAAAAGAUAAGUCCUGCACUCACUCCUGUGUGGCAGCAACGACUACAGUACACAUCAGCCCCAAUACACUAAAAUGGCGGACGCCACGUGGCCCCCAGGUCUUAACACGAACUCCGAUGAUACUCACCAGACAGGGCAAACUGUUCCUGGACUUCUGGUGGAGGCUUGAAAGUAGGGUGACCCUGCAUGCCCCUACAUAGCCAAAUGAUCCCUUAUACCAGAGCCCAUCACGAAAGCUUGCAGCUCCACAUGGUGGAGGAAGGACCCCACACGACGACCGCACAAGCGGCAUGCACAGCCUAAGCGACGGACGACCUGAAGGCCGCCCACGAGGAUGCUGAUACAAACUACAAAACUUCCACAGAGAGCAGCACUGCCUAAAGACCAGCUAGCAGCUACUGAGCUCCCGCACUGCCAACAGGCACCUGCUAUGCAUACCCUGAAGCAUCUCACCAGGAAGUCUGCACACAGCCUACCACUUGAGGGCAUCGGCUGAGUUGGGCCACAUGAUUGGACUUGUGGGACUCUUGUCUACCGUGCCUGCCUAUAAGAUAUACUGGGACUGUCUUCAGGAGUUACUAACUACUGUUAGGAGCCUCAUAAGGGGGACAAACUACACCGGACACACUCCACUGUCAAGAUAGAAAGACCUAGCUUAACCCAUGUUUAAAGGGACACUAUAGUCACCAGUGCAACUACAUGUAUUCCUGACCCUAUAGUGUUAACGCGACCAUCUAGCCACCCUGGGCCCCUCAUGCCUCCUGCUGUUAGACUCAGGAAAAACAAGCAGUCUGCUGACAUGUGAUAGCCUGAUCCAAUCACAGUGCUUCCCCAUAGGAUUGGCUGAGACUGACAAGGAGGCAGAUCAGGGGCAGAGCCAGCAUGAUUCAAACACAGCCCUGGCCAAUCAGCAUCUCCUCAUAGAGAUGAAUUGAAUCAAUGAAUCUCUGAGGAAAGUUCAGUGUCUGCAUGCAGUGGGAGGAGAUACUGAAUCACAGGAUGCUUGUGCACAGCAGAUCUGUGUGGAUGGAGGCAUAUUAUGAAGUCCCUCUGACUGCAACUGGAGGUGUUCCUAGCUUUCAAUGUAAACACUGUAUAUUCUCAGAAAAUACAGUGUUUAUAUGAGAGAGGCUGCAGGGAGCAAUAGUUCUCACCUGAACAACCUCAUUAAAGGACCACUCUAGGCACCCAGACCACUUCAGCUUAAUGAAGUGGUCUGGGUGCCAGCUCCUUCUAGGGUUAACCCAUUUUUUAAUAAACAUAGCUGUUUCAGAGAAACUGCUAUGUUUAUGAAUGGGUUAAGCCUUCCCCCUAAUACUCUAGUGGCUGUCUCAUUGACAGCCACUAGAGGCGCUUGCGUGCUUCUCACUGUGAUUUUCACAGUGAGAGCACGCCAGCGUCCAUAGGAAAGCAUUGAGAAUGCUUUCCUAUGUGACCGGCUGAAUGCGCGCGCAGCUCUUGCCGCGCGUGCGCAUUCAGCCGGCGGGGCGGAGAAGAGGAGGAGAGAAGGAGGAGAGCUCUCCGCCCAGCGCUGGAAAAAGGUAAGUUUUAACCCCUUUCCCCUUUCCAGAGCCGGGCGGGAGGGGGACCCUGAGGGUGGGGGCACCCUCAGGGCACUAUAGUGCCAGGAAAACGAGUAUGUUUUCCUGGCACUAUAGUGGUCCUUUAAGCUGAAGUUGUUCAGGUGACUAUAGUGUUUCUUUAAUCUUCUAAUUUUGCCAAAUCCUUCCUUUCUUUUCAAAUAAUUUUUAUUAAAGUUUUACAAACAUUGUAUUAGGGGAAGGAAAGGAAGGGGAACUUGGAAAUGGGAAGGGGUAUCCAUCCAUCAUUGAAAAAGGCAUAACAAUGUAUAAGCCCGUUCCUUCUAUACGUAAAGCUGUUGACCCACGGACAUACCAACCUAAGCUUGAGUAUACUACAACAAUAAGAAUGUUAUAUGACCAUUAAAGGACCACUAUAGUGCCAGGAAAACAAACUUGUUUUCCUGGCACUAUAGUGCCAUGAGUGCGCCCCCACCCUCAUGGCCCCCCUCCCGCCGAGCUGAAGUUGGAGGAGGGAGUUAAAAUCUUACCUUUCUCCAGCGCCGGGCUCCCUCAGCGCUGGGGACUCUCUUCCUCCUUUGGACAUCAUCGGCUCAAUGCGCAUGUGCCGCACGCAUUCAGUCCAUAGGAAAGCAUUCUCAAUGCUUUCCUAUGGACGCUGGCAUCUUCUCACUGUGAGAAGCGCGGAUGCGCCUCUAGCGGCUGUCAAUGAGACAGCCACUAGAGGCUGGAUUAACCCAAAUGUAAACAUAGCAGUUUCUCUGAAACUGCCAUGUUUAUAGCAGGCAGGAUUAACCCUAGAGGGACCUGGCACCCAGACCACUUCAUUGAGCUGAAGUGGUCUGGGUGCCUAUAGAGGUCCUUUAACCCGCGCAGAUAUCCUUAGUUCACUUUGCAACGGUUUGUUUAUGCAUGUCAUACCUGUUUUAUUAUUAAUUUUAAAAUGUGCAGACUCCUAUAAAUGCCUAAAAUGUUGAACCUUGUCUCACUUGCAUAUACUAUUGGGGCAUUGCAAGCAUGUAUUGUAUAUCUAUGUACAAAAAAAAUGCUUUUUAAUGAGACGCAUUGGAUCAGGAAAAAGUCAUUCGAUCCUAUUAAUUUUAAGAGUAGUGGUUGCAGUGAGGGCUGUCCCAGCAUUGGAUUACUCAUGAGUUUUGAUGUGUGCAUGGCACUCACCACACAUGUGCAUCAGGUCCUCAAUGCUCCUCUCUGAGCGUACAUGUAGGAGAGGUAAAUGGUGUCGGAUGACUAACUAGGGGGGACUUGUAUAGAUAGACAGGAACACUAAGGCGCUAGUGACAGUGUACAGUAUAGAAAAGUUCUAAAGGAACACUAAAGAAUUAAAGGACCACUCUAGGCACCCAGACCACUUCAGCUUAAUGAAGUGGUCUAGGUGCCAGGUCCCUCUAGGAUUACCCUUUUUAAUUUUUUUUAUAAACAUAGCAGUUUCAAAGAAACUGCUAUGUUUAUAAAUGGGUUAAUCCAGCCUCCAAAGCCUCUAGUGGCUGUCUCAUUGACUGCCGCUAGAAGCGUUUGCGUGCUUCUCACUGUGAAAAUCAGUGAGAAGACGCCAGAGUCCAUAGGAAAGCAUUGUGAAUGCUUUCCUAUGGACUGGCUGAAUGUGCGUGCGGCUCCUGCUGCGCAUUCAGCCGAAGAGGAGGAGGAGUGGACGAGUAGAGCUCCCCGCCCGGCGCUGGAGAAAGAGGUAAGUUUAAUCCCUUCCUUUCCAUCCAGCCUGGCGGGAGGGGGACCCUGAGGGUGGGGGCACCUUCAUGGCACUAUAGUGCCAGGAAAACGAGUAUGUUUUCCUGGCACUAUAGUGGUCCUUUAAAUACAAAUCUGUAUUCCUAUCUCCUGCUGAGACCAAACACCGGGUAAUGCAUGCUAAAGGUGAGCUUGUUUUUACCAUCAAAGUGUGGUUGCUAUGGUGGCCACUUACACAGCAUGCGUUCCUGUGUCUAAUAUGCGGGUGGUGGGUGUCUUUGAGCACAAAUGUUAUUAAAGUUCAGUAAGUUGGGUUUUUUUUGUUUUUUUUUCUUUGUUACAGUUCACAGAUGGCUGAUAUUGUGUUGUUUUUUUUUUUUUAGGUAUUCGGUUUGUUGGUUUGGGCACUAAUAGCUGGGUCUGAAUAUUUUCACUUCCCUGCUUUUGGCUGGGUGAUGUUCGUAGCUGUAUUUUACUGGGUGCUCUCAGUCUUCUUUUUAAUAAUUUACAUUACAAGGGCAUACACAAGAAUACCAAAAGUACCCUGGACGCUAAUUGUAAGUAAUUGUUUUAUUUUUACGUUUUUGUUUUUUGUUUGGUUGUUUUUUUGUUUUUUUUCAUGGUUUAAAUUUUUUUUUUUUUUUUAUAUUGUGGACGUGUAAAAGAACUUCUAGAUUAUCUUUAGCAAAGUUUUAGUUAAACUAUAUGGGUAUUUUAAAGGUUACACAGAUAAAGGCUGAAAACACGUUUAAAUAAAUGUGAGAUUAACUGAUUGUAGCCAUGAUCAUUCAUAUGCAAACCAGAGACCCAUUAUAUGGUCUCAAAGUAAAGAAGGUAUGAAUAGAACUCCGAUAUCAUUCUAGCACUCAUUUUAUGAAAGCAAAACAUUUUGUAACGUAAUCAGCAUAGGAAGUUAUCCAGAAUUGGUCAGAUGAAGGCAUACGUUUCCUUUUAAGCAUUUUACCAUAUUUAAAUGUGUUUACUUUCUAGUUGCUAUUGGAUGUUAUCAAGGUAUAUCUGUAUUUCUAGACAUACCUUAGUCCUUUAUUGAUAGAAGAUAGAAACCUCCAAACUAACAAAAUACUCAGGAAAUCCCAAAAUAUCCAUGUGUAAAAACUGGUUUGUUUUGCUUUAGUUGUUUUGGAGUUUAGAUUCUCCCAAGAUAUACCAAUCCAAUAAUGCAGGAUAAAUAUCCUUUUAGCAGGCAGUAAACAAUGGACCUCAACCUUGUGUUUUUGUAUUUUUUUUUUUUUAAGGCAUUUAUUGUGAGCUCUUUUAUUGAGAUUGGUGAACGAUAGAGGCAUUUAUGCACUCUUAUGUGAGUUUGGAUAAUGCACUGAGAACUUUAUUAUAAUAUGCGCUCCACUCAUUUGGAUUAAUUUUCAUCACACCUCCUCGGACCUGUAAGUCCCACAAGUUAUAUGAAGAGGCUAUCCUAUGGGCCACCACACAGCCCGGCUCCUUUAAAUGUGCUACACCGAUGGGACGCAGAUCCCAAAAGCCUCUAGCUCUUGCUCAUGCCGAGAUCAGAGAUAUUGGCAUCCUUUCCAGGGCCAUAUGCAAAACAUAGACGACUAUGAAGGCCCUAAAACUGUACCUUGCAUACUACCACUAACCUAUGUGAUCCUUCUUCACCGUCCUCCACUAUAGCGACCUUGUCUAAUACCUAAAGCGCCUCUGGAGGGACCAUGCAGGAUAUCUAGAACCUACUGAAGCUGUUGGUGGUAGACCUAGUAGUCAUGAAGGCUGAUGCUAGACCGAUUCAGAGAGUUAGCGCCUGCUAAGAAGCAUAUCCACAGACAUCUGUCAAGCUAUGUCUUCUACCAUCCAACAUCUCCUGACCACAUUGCAUAUACUUGCCAUGCAAGUGCAAAAGCAGGCACAUACAUACAUGCGCACACAGACACACAUACACAAUGUUUAUCACCCUCCUGUUUCCUACCUUUUAGGUGCAGGAGGGUGACUUUCCCUUGGGUCCAGUGCUGGCUCAGGUUGAUGGGAGUCAGAGUUCCCACUCUGCUUCCUUCCACGCGGGCUCUGUGUGUUAGCUGGGAGGAGUGACGUGCAGUCACUUCCUCCCAGCGUGUGAUUUCAGGGGGCCCGGUCGCGUUGUUAAAGCGCCCAGCGCUGACCGGGCCCCCUGACAGACAAUCUCCAUCGGGUGGCCUGAACAGCAUGGGCUACCCGAUGGACCCCUUGGACAGCGGCCCUGGCAGUUUGCCAUGCGGGCCGGGGCUGCAAAAGAUGGUGGCGGGUACAUGCGACCCCUGUGACCACGGUAUGUACGCCACUGAUCUUAAUACAUUGUUUAACUCACCCUAAUAACCAGUGUAUCCCAAUACUAACCCUAACUUCUAUAAUCCUAAACACCUACUCUAACUCUAUAUCCAAUCAUUCUAAAUGGUUCAUAAUCCUGCAGUAUUCCAAGUGUAUUCCAGUAUUGCGAGUGUAAUCCUAGUUUCAAGAGAGCUGGCUUGUUUUUACACAGGGUGCCCAAAAAGGUGGGCAGAAACAUAUAAUAAAUAAAUAUAAAUAUAUAUAUAUAUAUAUAUAUAUAUAUAUACUUUUUUUUCAUUUAUUAAUUUUUUUUUAUUUUUUUUUAUUCAUGACGUUUACAGAUUUUUUUUUUAUUUAUUUAUUUAUUUUUUUUUUAAGUUCUCUUUUUGUACUUUUAGCAUGGUUCUCUAGUCAGUGCCCCCAGCUACAGUAUUUUAAGCAGACCCAUAUCAAUAAAGUCUCAUGUAGACUAUUUGAGUUUUGAGACUGAGAAAUGUCUGUGAAUUUAUGCAAAUUUAAAUCCAAUUUAAACUGUCGUAACAGGAUGUCAAAGUCUAUAUACAGUUUAGAUUUGCAUGUCACCUACACUCGUUCUUUUUAAUCUCAGUUGGAGAGUCUUUUCAUAUUUUUAACAAAUUUAGAUUUAGGCAUUUAAAGUCCCUGUUUUAGUACAAACUGAUAUUGCUAAAAAUUUUGUUUCAAAGUUGGUUUGGUUGUUUUGUGUUAGUUUUUAGAAAGUGUAGCUCAGUUGUGGCUUUUUUUUUUUUUUCUUGGUUUUUUUUUAAACCUCAAAAUAUUUAGGGUGUGUAAACCUCAAAGGGCACCUGUCAUGCCCAAAACUACAUUAGCUCUUUCUUAAAGAACAUAAGUUGAUAUUUACACCGCACUAGCACUUUUUCUAGUAAAUAUAUAGAUUGGGACAAAAUCGAUUUUAAAAAAGGAUUUUUCUCCCACCUGUCAAACUAUUCUUUGGUAUAGACUCUAUGCAGAGGAAUUGAUUAUUAAAGGAGAGCAGAAGUGACCUCCCACAAGCAGUUCUUCUGCUUUCCACCCAUAGCAACCACAGCACCUGCCCUGUGACUGACUGCUAUGGUAACAUGUUGGCAUCAUGAAGAGAUUUGCCCUGCUUGGGGACACUUCCAAAACAGGGCAAAUCAGUGAAGUAGCUGGGUGGACCAGAGGAAGGUCCCAUCUCUUAAAUGAGAUUGCAGUGGUGACUGGUUACCUUUUUAAUGUGUAUUUAACUGUUGGAUCAGUUAUUGUUUUAGUUGGUUUAUACAGGUUAAUAACAGACUGUAAUGUAAAGAAAUUUUAAAGUGGCAUUUUCAUUUUCAUGGUGUCAGCAACAUAUGACCAUGGGUAUGUAGGUGCUAUGCCCACAUGUAUUGAGAUGGUGGUUGGGAAGGGAAAUGUACUGAUAUGAUUGUAUCUCUUCUUGAUGCUGCCACCCUCCCACCGCAAUCUUUCUUAAACUCCCGGGAUUUUCGUGUUUUGGAAGCCUUGUUAUGUGAGCCCUCGUUCACAUUCAUAAAAGUGCAAUGCUGGGUCUAUGGAAAAUCCCGCAAGAUGCGGAAUGUUCCUUGGAUAAUCUUGCACUUGUGCAAUAAAGUAAGCAUAGGCAUAUAUUGCAUAUCACAUGUGAUCAUGCUUAUUUCCAUCACCUGUUGAUAGGGAAAUGGCAGAAUGUGAGGAUAGUUACAUGUUCUAUCCUGAACAUUGUUAAUCUAAAAAUGAAGGAUAAUAUGCAGAUUAAUUCACUGUUUUUAUACCAUAAUUCUGCUACAAUUUAUAAGGUUUGGAAUCUUUGGCUUGAAUAUGCUCACAAGGCAAAUUAUGGGGUUAUUUGUGUGGAGGACACUGCUGUUGAUGUUUUUUUUAGGGAGGCUGCAUGUUGGGUUUUGUGCAUAGAGGGAGUCUGGUUGUGUGGAUUGGGCUGUAUGUAGUAUAUGUACAGAGAGUGCUGUUUGUGAUGUGGUAUGUGAAUUUGUGUGAUAGGGGGUGUAUUAUGGGUGGGGAACUAGAAGCUUUUGAGCAUACUAGGACUGUAAUAUGUGUGUGGAUAAUAGGGGCUUUACUCUGUGUAACUGAUAUAAAGACUGCUGUAUGUAUGUGUGUGAGGUGGAUAGGGACUGUAGUGUGUGUGUGUGUGUAUACAGAUGGCGACUGUAGUGUUUGCAGAUGGGUCUUCACAGAUCCAUAGGUAUGCCCCUUCUCGGUCUCUCCGCUAUGCCCGUGACCACCUACUGUCCGCUGCUCGCGUUUGCAGGACUUCCCGCGGGUGGUUUUCAAUUGUUUAAGAAGUGCCUUAAAACCGAUCUCUUUAGGAAAUUGCCUCCCAGAGUGACCUCUACCUCACAUACCUGUCUCUUGCUCUGCUUCACUCCCACCUUAUUUGAUUGAUAUUUCCUGUCCUAAUGUGUUUUAUACACCAACUCCUAUAGACUGUAAGCUCGUUUGAGCAGGGUCCUCUUUAACCUAUCGUUCCUGUACAUUUUUAUUUUUUAUUUUUAGUGUGUAAUUGUCCUAUUUCUAGUUAAAUCCCCUCUCUCGUAAUAUUGUAAAACGCUACGGCAUCUGUUACCAGGGCUGUAGUGGGUGCAGGGGAGCACUGGGGCAGUAGUAUGGGCAGGACAGGGACUGAAGUGAGUGCAGGGAUUAUAGUGGCAUGAAUAAAAUAUAUAUUUUUCUUUUUCUUUUUUUUUCUUUUUUAAGUAGUCAUCAAAAAUUUACAUUCUCUGAUGCACUUGUGGGAGACUUUGGCCGGUUGGUGAGGGAGAUGCAUCAAAGCUCCUUGUUUGUGCCUGCAGGGGCUUUCCUUUCAACUCCCUUGUCUGCUAAAUAGUAACUUAUUUUCAUAAGACUUGAAGAGACACUAGUCACAAAAACUACAACUCAAUGUAGUGGUUUGCAGGGAAUGAUUAUACUCACCAAAACCUUUUUUAUGUAAACACUGCCUUUUCAUAGAAAAGGCAAUGUUACAUUUCCCUUCAGAGGCCACUCCUAAAAUGGCCAAUGGAGGUGCUUCCUGGGGCAGUGCUGCACAGUGCCGUUCAGAGUCUACACCCUCUGCAUGGAGACGCUGAAUCUUUCUCAUAGACCUGCAUUGAUUCAAUGCAUCUCCAUGAGGAGAUGCUGAUUGGCCAAGUUGACUUUUGGCUGCGCCCUGUCCCACUUCCUUGCCGAUUUCAGCUAAUCCAAUGCUUCCCAUCAUUGGAUUGGCUGAAAUCAUAAAUUCUGAUGCCCGCAAGGAGGCAGAUCGGGGGUGGGGCCAGAGCCGGCAAACCUGCACGAUGCUGGAAACACAAUAAGUUUUUUUUGUUUUUUUUUAUUACCUAUUAAGGGUGGCAAGCUACCUAAAUGGUGGUUUUGACACUAUUUGGUCAGGAAUACAUGUUUGUGUUCCGGAGCCUAUAGUGUUCCUUUAAGGACCUCAACGGGUUUUGAAAGGAGGAUGGUCCAGGGAAACAGAGGAAGAGGUUGUGAAAGAACAUAUUCACACAAGAGGUGUACCUUUCAUGCCACAUAAAUGCCAAUUUAGGACAGAGGGAGUACAUCUCAUGUCAUGAAGUGUGACAGCGACACACACGCUUAAUAACCUGUUCCUGUAAGUUUACACACACAGACGCCUUAGUGGUAUAUUACCACAUAUAUAACUAGCCCUCCCUUGUAACAUCACACCAAGCUCAUUUUCACAUUUCAUUACAUUUGGAAAGUGCUGCCAGUCGAGUGCAGCAAAAUAAAAACAGAAAUGUGAAGCACAAACCUCAAGUUCAAUGGUCUUUUAUUUAAUGCUAAAAGAAAGGCCUUUAUUAAACCUUGUGUGGUCGAAAUGUCACCUUCCUCUUGGCACCUUGAGUUUUGUUCUGGACAUUUCUGUUUUGCAUUACUAGUGGCUGUGGGUGGAACCAGAACCUGUGCGCCAUAUUUGCCCAUUGUUAAUUGUUGUGAUUCAUUUAGUCAAGAAUGGAGGUAAGAGAGGAAUACUGAAAGGAACCCAAACCCUUUAAACAUGACCCCUACAAACAAGUGGAUUUGAAAUGUUUCAAGUCUCUGGUAGUUGCGGAACGUAUGUUAACUUGAAGGGCACAACUAUGCAGUUGAAAAUAUCUUUGUCAAUGGGUAUUAAUGGGGCUCAGAAACUCAAAAGAAAUAAUGAAUACAACAUGGGGGGUAGGGACUACACUCAGCCAAAAGUCAUGAUUGGUGUAUACAGUCAAGGAGAUUCAUUCUGUGCCCGGGCUACUUUCGAGGUUUUUUUUUGUUUUUUUUUUAAAUCCCCUCUCUCAUAAUAUUGUAAAACGCUACGGCAUCUGUUACCAGGGCUGUAGUGGGUGCAGGGGAGCACAGGGGCAGUAGUAUGGGCAGGACAGGGACUGAAGUGAGUCCUCCUCCAGCUGAGCAAAACCAGACUUGGAUAGUCCAGGUGGAAAAUCUCGAUUGGGUCCACAGUAGAGUGAGCAGGGGAGUGAUUAUGUAAUACGUGUAGUGAGGGAAAGAGUGUACUUUGAGUAUCCUUAAUAGAUGUUCUAGUUUGAGUGGAGGAUUUGCUGCUGAGGGAGCGCGCAAGAGGCAUAUUCAAAAACUUGAAGGUCCUGUUAAGUGUAGAGAAAGUCCUGAUAAGUCUAAGGUGAGGGGUUACAUUUGUGCUUAAAUUCCAGCUCGAGAUAGAUACUGAAAGGAUGCUAGCCAUUUUUAUUUUUUAAAAGUAUAUAUGUUUUGAUAAAGGAGCCUUGCAAAACCUCAUGAUGGGCAGCCCAUAUACUAGGUGAAGGCAUCUCUGAUGUGGAAAUCUCCACAAAAUCAUUAGUAAUAUUAGAACAUAUCAAUUCAAAAAGUUCAUAAUUUAUAAAAGUAGAGAAUUCAACCUCAAGGGCAAUGAACUGAAAUUAGCAGUAUUGAUCAACUGCAGUGUGAUAGGGGCAUGGUCCAAACUCAAUAUGGAGCCAAUGUCGGGAGCAAAAAAACAAAAACAAAACUGAGCAUAGUGUGGAGAGAUGAAGGCAUCAGUUUGAGAAUAGGAAUGGUGUGUGUGUGUGGGGGGGGGGGCAAAUGGGAAAAAUUCCUAACCAAGGGGUACUGUGCUUUCCAGACAUAAAGCAAGUGGGAAAGCUAUAGAAAAUGAGCAAAAACAUUACUGGUUUUUAGUAAAUAAUCUGCAUAUAUUUUGUUAAUAUCAGGGUCAGCAUUUUAGCUGUCUAAUUUUGUUUUGUUUCUUUUCACUAGGGGCUGUGGUUUAAUGGAAGUGCCUGUGUUUUAUAUCUCAUCGCUGCUAUUGUAGAUGCAACCUCUGUUUCAGAAGAUAUUCAUCGGAGGCACAACUACGACAGCUGGACCGCAUCAGCAGUAAGUAGCGUUGCAACAUGGAUUACAUUUAUUUAAACAAAGUUAAAAGGUAUCUCUCAACCACAGUUGAGUGAACAACUCAUUUUUGAAGUGUUUCUGUAAUAUCUGCAGUAUGAGUGAAUUAAAUUAAAAAAAAUAUAUAUUAUUAUUAUUUUUAAUACAUAAACAAAUCCUAACCACUACAACAAAAAGGGGAUAUGGUGCUUAGAUCCUGUGGGUGAAAUUAAAGGAACACUCUACCAUAACUACUCCAGCCUGCUCUAGUGGUUAUGCUGCCAUGAGUUCACUGACCUCACCCCACCCUACACUGCCACAAUGUUUUUAGCAUGAUUGGACACUUACCUUGGCUCAUGUCAGGCAUCCUUACUGCUUCUAGUCUUCUCACACUGUAGAAGCCAUGUAUUUAUGCCAAUGAAUAAUUUCCUGUCUUGCACAGAGUGUCAGCUGAGCAACUUUAAACAAUGAGUAAAUUCCUAUCUUGCACAAAAUUGUCACCCAGCUUCUAUAAAGCAAGAAAAAUCUAAGCAGUGCAGGCACCUGGUGUGACCCAUGCCAAAAUGGUUAGACAGAUUACAAUGGGACCGCGCAAUAAAUACUACAGCAGGCUGUUGUGUUUAUAGUUCUUGGAGUGACCCUUUAAGGACCAAUAUCAAGGAGAUUCCCUCUGGCAGAGAAGACCGAACAAGAUUUUUUUUUUUUUUUUCUUUCUUUGCUGAGAAAUAGAUUGCACAUAUAUUCACACUACACGUUUCUCAUUGCACACCAUCCCCUAGUUGGACUACAACUGGAACUAUAAUUCAUAUUUCCCCAUUUUGUUUGUUGUGUAGCUUUUUUUACCCACAACAUUUUAAAAAUUAGAGAGUUUCUCCAAGCACUAUGACCACUUCAGUGACUUGGCCAUGGUGCCUGGAGUCUGUGUGUGCAGCGUUUCGCUAUGAAAUGCUGAAUGUAGAGAGUUUAACCUUACUGCUGCUGGAGUUGUCAUUAGCCAGUACCAGCCUGGAAUUAGAAUUCCUGAAUGCAGAGAGUUGCAUUCAUUGUCUAGGAAUGGUAGUCUGAAUAAAUGGUGGCUGCGUUGGCUUCCAGCUAGUCAGCGGCAGGAGAGGAUACCUGGAGCUCGGCAGGGGCUCAUGUAAGUGGGCACCAGGUUACUAAACUGUUUCCUCAUAACCAGGAAACCAGUCUGGGCUCUAGUGGUUAUGAUGCCUUUUAUUGUUGUUUUUUACUUUUGUGUUUAAUAAAAAUAUUAACUUCCUUAAAAGUGUAAGGUAUGUUACAUAAAACUGACUGUAGGAAUCACAUUAAAAUCCAUUGCAAGGCUCCGUGUACAUUUUCACAUUUUAAUUUUUUAUGCCUAUAUCUCAAUUCAUGAUCCAUAGUUAUCUAAUUGUAUCUAAUAUAUAUUAUUAUUUUUUUUAUAUAGUUUUUUGCCUUCCUGGUCACAGCCUGCUAUGCUGGAAGCACAUAUUUUAGUUUCCAGUCUUGGAGAACGAGAAGCUAAUACCAAGUCGAAUAGAAACUGUUACAAAUUCCAUACACUGCACAACGCUUGAACAAGUUGCACCUUGAAACUUCACCUCUGUAAUGUUUAGUGCUUUGAUUUACAUUGUGUUUAUUAAGGGGACACUGUAGGUACUAAGUGCAAUAGGGACUUCAGCUAACUGAAGUGGUCUGGGUGAGGUAUCCCUAUUGCACUUAGUGCUGCAAUGUUAAACAUUGCAGUUCCAGAGAACUGCAAAGCUUACAAUGCAGCUCUAAGUCUGCCCUCAGUAGCUGUCUGCCACACAGCCACUGGGGGCGCUUCCAGAAUUGAAACAGACCUUUGGUCCGUUAUCUGACGCUGAACAUCCUCGCGCUUUGCAUGAGGAUCUCCAAUGUCAGAUUUUUCAGAUAGGAAAGUAUUGAUUCAUUCUUUGCUAUGGGGAAAUCCUAAUGUGAGCGCGGCCAUUGUUGCGCAUACACAUUAGGUCUCCCUUGCUGGCUGACGUCGGCGGGGGAGAAGCAUGGAUGGAGCCUGACCCAGCUCCGAGCGACAUCGGCACUGGAUUCAGGUAAGUGGCUGAAGGGGUUUUAACUGCUUCAGCCAUGUGUAGGGGGGAAUUUGAGGGAGGGGGCUUCUGGAAACCUAUAGUGCCAGGAAAACUACUUUAUUUUUCUGGCACUAUAGGAUUCCUUUAAUAAGCAGAAGACUGAAAUGGAUUGCGUAAAAUAUAUUUGUAAUGCCUGUUACUAAAAAAAAAGAGUGUAUUUGUAGGAUGAAUGUCUGUGUUUUAAUAUUCACACUCUAUUAUAUUAUGUGAAAAAUGUCUUAACUUUAAAUUUAUUAUUGUGCCAAAAAAGAAAAUAAAC